UCAUAUCAAAACAAAUAUUUAUUUACUGGUGAUUGUAGAAAUCCAAAUGCAAAUAUCACUGCAUGUCAGAAACCUGGAACUCAAUUUUUUAUUGAAAAUCAGCAGUUUUUUAUUAAUUAUCGUAAAUGUCCUGGAAUGGAAUCAACUAUUGAUGCAGAGGUUCAAUAUAUGUGUUUAGGAGAUUGGUAUGUUGGAAAAGAUCAUUAUUUUGCUGUUUUUAAUCAAAGAGAAUCUCGUUUGGAUGAAGCCUACAGAUGUUUUAUUGGUAACAGAGAUGAUGACUUCUUCAUAUCUGUCUCUAUUACUGCUGAAUGUAAUGUAUUAAAUGGUCCUCAAGAUGGUCCUGAAAGGCUACAUAUAGAACCAGUGAAGUCUGAAUCCAUUCCACCAAAAUGUAAACUCCCUGACAAUUAUAAAGGUGUUUGGAUUAACACAGCAAAUUUUGAUGCAGAAGUAACUAUUAAUGAAACCCAUAUUGUGGAACGUUGGAAACCCGACCAGGGAAGAGAAAAAGAACAAGUUUACAUCUGCCAUGAAAGAAGGGAUAGUCGUUAUUUAUUGGCAAGACUUGGAAUAAAUGGAUGUCAAAAAGAUUUUAUCUGCUUUGAUUUUGUUCCUCGUCAUCACAACAUUAUACGCUACAGAAGGGCUAAAGCAAUGAUAAGGGAUGAAUUUUCAACUGUUUGUUCCUGGACAAUGUUUCCAAAUAAACCAAACUGGAAGUAUGAUUUAUUUAUUGCAAAAGAUCCUGUUUCAUUAAAAUGUCCAAUUGCUGGAAAAUUUAAAUUUGAACAGAGAGGAGAUAUCUUGUUUCAAACAAGAAUACGAGGUGGAGUUACAGACAUACCACGACCAAAUGUUUACUGUAGAGAAAAUAUUUCAGAUUUUUCUGUUUGUGACAAAGAUCAAAAAAUCAUUACGAUAGAUGCAGACUACUGUAUUUCCGUGGAUUAUUUUGGUCGACCUGUAGACAUUUACAGUGAACCUGACUACAAAAUGAAAUGCAUUGGUUUCUGGAAAGAAAAUUUAAAAUCAUAUUUAAUAACUUAUGAUGAAGAAGAUGCAUACAGUAAAUAUAGAUGCUGGGUUUAUCAAAGAGCAGAUUUAAAUCGAAUCUUGAUAUCUUAUGCAGUAGGUGCAUUUUGCCACAUUAAUCAAGAUGUCACAAGUUAUAAUUAUACAGAGGGUGCUCAGACAGCUCUCGCUAUGAUUGAAUAUGAAAGAGAACAUGAUGACUGUCCAAUGUAUUUCGAUGAUGGUUCAAAUCCUUACUUGCCAGUUGCAGAACAAGUUACAAGAUUAUUUAGUUCUGGAACAAUGAUUACUAAAGACAUAAUAGCUCUAAUGUUAAAUGUAAUAUUAUUAUUUGUGAUUACAAGAAGGCAGCUUGUAUGAAAAAAUAAUUUUAGAUAUCACUGUAUACAGAAAUAUUCCUUAUAUUUUUAAUGCAACUUUUGCAAAUGUUCAGUGAACAACAAAUUUCAUUGGAGGAUGAAAAGAAUCUGAAAUUUUAAUCAGGGUUUUUAUAUUCUUUAUAAAAUUUGGGAAUGGUAAUUUUUUAUACAAAUAUACUAUUUUUUUUUUUUAAAUAUUUCUUAUUAC